CUCAUGUGUUCAAGCGGCAGGACUCCUGUGUGUCUGUGACCAGCGUAAGGACAGCACAAGCAGAGGCAGAAAGAGGAAUAGAGAGAGAAAGAGAGAGAGAGAGUGACAGAGAGAGAGAGAGAGAGAGAGAGAAAGCAACAGUCUCUCCGAUAUGAACACCACAUGAGGGCAAAGCACUUAUGCAAGCUUCAAAACAUAUCUUUGGACUUCUUUUGGGAAACAAAACAGUAUUCCAUUCAAAGGAUUGUGAGGCUCUCACCCUUUUCAAGUCAGGCCAUGGGGAGCAUGAGCCCGUCAGCGCUGCUGAACGUGUCAGCGGUGGCGGUUGCGAACGUUUCGUCAUCGGAGGUGGAGAACGGUGAGGCGGUGGAGACGGUGCUGUUGGGCAUCCUGAUGGGCCUGCUGGUGCUGGGCAUCGUCUUCGGCAACGUGCUGGUCAUCACGGCCAUCAUCCGCUUCCAGCGGCUCCAGACGGUCACUAACUACUUCAUCACGUCACUGGCGUGCGCCGACCUGGUCAUGGGCGUGCUGGUGGUGCCGUUCGGCGCCUGCUACAUCCUUCUCAACACCUGGCACUUUGGCAACUUCCUGUGUCUGUUCUGGACGGCGGCCGACGUGCUCUCAGUGACGGCGAGCAUCGAGACCCUCUGCGUGAUCGCGCUGGACCGCUACCUGGCCAUCACCUCACCGCUGCGCUACCCGUCGCUGCUGACCAAGCGUAAGGCCGGAGUGGUGCUGCUGACCGUGUGGGCGGUGGCGGCGCUCAUCUCCUUCCUGCCCAUCUACAUGGAGUGGUGGGUGUCGGACGACGAGGAGGCGCGCAACUGCCUGCGGGACGAACACUGCUGCGACUUUAACACCAACGCCGCCUACGCCGUGGCCUCCUCCAUCGUCUCCUUUUACAUCCCGUUGGCCGUCAUGGCCUUCGUCUACGCGCGCGUCUUCCAGGAAGCGCGCAAGCAGCUGCAGAAGAUCGACCGCAGCGAGGGACGCUUCCACCAGCAGAGCAGCCGCUCCCAAGCCCAGGCGUCUACCGCCUCCGAUGGCGGUGAGACCAUCAGGAGCACCAAGAGGAAGUUCUGCCUGAAGGACCACAAGGCGGUCAAGACCCUGGGCAUCAUCAUGGGGACGUUCACGCUCUGCUGGUUGCCCUUCUUUGUACUCAACGUGGUGGUGGCCCUCUGGAGGGUGGACAACAUCUGGCUGACGUUUUGGAUACUUAACUGGAUAGGCUACGCCAACUCGGCGUUCAAUCCGCUUAUUUAUUGUCGGAGCCCAGAGUUUCGGAGCGCUUUCAAGGAGAUUCUUUGCUGGGGAGGCUCGUCGCAUCGAAGGCACCGGAAAGCUAAUGGAUUAAUGUACGGUGGACACAGCUGGCAGGUCAACCUGAGGACUAGCAGCCAAAGCAGGGCUUCUCCAGAUGAUCUUGGGGCUGUGGAGCUUGGCCCUGAGACUCUCACCACAACGUAUGAGACACAGAUGGAAACUGCACUAAAGACAUAACAUGUUAUCUGAGCUCAUCUCAAGGAUUUGUUUUUUGGUCUUUGAAUGUCUUGGGGAAAAAUGACACCAUGGCAAAACUGGUAAGUUCAAAAUGGGAUGGUAUAUUAUAUGCCGGAAGUAUUACUGGAUGGAUACUACACUGCUGAACUCUUUUCAAUUCUAGCCAGACCUAUAUUAUUGGCUGGGAGAAUACUCAUGCUUCUCUGUGGCUUUGUUCCGCAAUGAGGGUACUUAUUUUGCACAUAGGAACACAAAUAUGAAAUGUGCAUUGAACAGGAGAGAGUAAUCUUUAUGACUAUUUUACCUACCUCAUGAAAUGUGUUUUUCUGUUUUCAUGUGUUCAUGUUAUUACUUUCAAUUUACACUGAAUUUACACUUACGCAUCCAGCAUGGAUCUGAAAUGCAUAAACAAAGAUGAAAGAAACAUAACAUGAGAGAUGCCCAUAGCAUGAUGGAGGAAGCAUUAUCAUGACAAGGAGGUGCUGUUAUGACCACCUUUAUAUUAUGAACACUCUAAACACAUUCCAGAGGGAUGUAGUGUGUGUUUUUUUCUUCCUUAAAGCCAAGGGCUCCUCUGUAUACUACAGAUCCCUUGUGUAGAGAGGAGAAAUCUAACACUGACAAGAGUCAACAGGUGCAAUUAGCUGCCUGACUGAGCUAUAUCCAGCUGCACUUUUCUGCAAAAGAGAAAAGAGAAGCCACAGGGCUCCUUACUUCCUGCGAAAGCCCACUCUUUACUCUGUUCACUCUUAACAUUUCCUGUUAGUACUGCGAGGUUACUUGGUUCGGUGCGUCAUGUGAGCCUGCACAUAAACUAAAGAUAGUAGCAUUACACAGAUAGCAAUGUCUGUCGGAGGGAAUGGUUGUUAUUGAGAUGUGGGAGAGGGCAGUGAGGCUACUGAAAAAGUACAUCGGCAUGUUGAGCUUUUUCAGCAGAUUGUUAUCACAAUUGAGUUCGAUAUAUAAUACUAUACAAGGCUCAAAUCUUAACACUUUGCUGCUAAUAGUAGUCUUUGUGAGAUACAGAUAGAUUGCCAGGUCAAAAGACAUUACAUGAGGGUUGUAGGUUGUAGAUUUGCACUGUGGUAAACAGAGCAGAGUGUUAUCGUGAGGGCUAUUUGUAUUUAUGACUAAUAAAAAUACGGGUGUGAGUACAGAAACAGUCCCCAGUCCAACAGAAACCUUUUCACCCAUAAACACUUUCAGUGAAAGAUAGAAGAGGUGAACUAGAAUUUAAAGUGUUGUAGGGUUUUCUUAAGUUACAUGUACAGCAUUAAAUAAUCUGCACACACGUGUGUGUUGUUGCUGUUGUUGUUGUUGUUGUUGUUGUUGUUGUUGUUGUUGUUGUUGUUGUUGUUUUAGCUGUUGUUGUUGACAUGAGUGAGAUGAAUGAAUAUGAGAGAAAUAGGAAAGUUUUUACUGUUUUGCAUAAGUGUGCACAGUCUCCUUGACACAGUGGCAUUUGUUAGUAUGUGUUCUUACUGAUAUGACUGCUUUCAGGUAAUACUGUGACGUAUUUUGAACUUGUCCUGAGAAAAAACAUGUAAAGUGUUCAGUAAAAUUGCUGAACUUUGCUGUAUUUGUGAAACACUGUUGAUGUUCAAAUAUGUAAACAUACAUAGCAUGCCUUUAUGUCAAAGUAGAACUGACAUUUUUAAUAAUGUUUUAAUGUUUUUCCCGGAAGACCACUGAUGUUUAGUGUCGAUACCAGAGAUAGUACUGUACAAGUCUAUUGUUUAUUGUUUUAACUCAUUCCGAAGAUACAUUUUUAUAGUGACGUGAAAAACUAUGGAUGUAAAAGAGGACUGUAUAUUCGGGUUGUCCCGAAAAACAUCAUCCACUUGAUUGAUAUUGCUUAACGAGUCACUUUAAAAGCAGAAAAAGAUUAAAUAUGAAUCUGUUCAUUCUUCUUAAUUUA